AUGGCGACUGUCGAGGACCGCAUAAAGGACCCGUCGUCUUCAUUUUCCUUCAAGCGGACGGGGACUGGCAGGCCUGGUACCCCUCCUCCAGCUGAGGAAGUUGAGUCAGACACGAUGUCUGAGGCUGAAGACAGAAACGACACGCCUACAAACCGUACCCAUCCCCGUUUCUCCCGCGCAUUUUCCGUGCCACAGCUAAAUCGCUUGACGAACCCACAUCGCCCACUAGGCCCCCACAAGGUCAAUUCAGACCCAGGCACCUUCAGCGCGGCAACAGCGGACCAACUCUAUGAGCUUUCGCUCGAGCUCGCGGACAUGGUCCAAAUGGCGAUCCAAACGCUUCUCCAAAUAUCGCCCCCUCAAAUACUAGAGCCGACAAAGGAGCAAUUCUCAGCUUGCACGCUGUCGGUACCAACCCCAUCCAUGUCAGCCUUGUUUACCGCGAUGCGCAACUUAAAUUAUUUCUCGGCCCAUAUGUCAGAGUUUGGCAAGGAGCCUAGCGAAGACAUGACGCUACCGUCGAUGUUCGAGCGCUAUACCGAGUUCGACCUGGGGGAGCUGCUGCAAAGUGUUGGUGAUGUUAUGGGUGGAGCAGCGGCAGAAGCUGGUGUCGACUUGGUGCUUUAUCAUGGCGACCUCAGUCUUAAAUACGCGUGGGUCAGUGGUUCAGAGAGUGGCUUGACUGUUUCCCUUUCGCAUGUUCUCCGCCAAAUAAUAGCUGUCGCCCAUCCAGGGGAUUCCAUCGAAGUCGGGCUCUUCAUUGGAUUUGCUACCACCCAUGGCCAGGACAUCACCGUACUUCCAGACACCAUUGACGCGAUUACAUCGUCACCGACAUCAGAAGACGGUCCGAUAGAGUGCACCAUCCAAAUUGCUCAUAAAUUUGGCAACGGGGAGUCGCGGCCAAACCCUCAUUUCUCCAGCCUCGUCCUGCGCCGCUUACUUCGACAAAUCGGUGGCUCGCUCAAGAGCGAUCUCCCAUCCUCAACAAGUGCUCGAACUUGCGAAUUGACACUGACUCUAGAUCGCGCCCCGGCAGAUGCAGUCAGCCCAACAACUUCCACCGACUUUGCAGAACCUACGACAGAAGAGCUUUCUCUUUUUGCUGAUAAACUGAAAGGCGCCAAAGUUGCUUUGUAUGCCUCUUCGAAAAGCUCAUUUGCGCAACAUGUAACGCGGUACCUUGCCGAUUGGGGCAUGGAUGUUAGCCACAUGUCCGGAGAUGGGGAGGUUGACGAACAGCCACCCGCAGCUCCAGAAGAGCCCCCAGAUCCAAUUAUUCCAGCUAUCACAUCCGAAGUCCCAACCGCACCCCCUUCUCCCGUCGCAGACCUCAAACCAAACCGGUUGUCCUUCAUUUUCAUUGACGACGAUGUGACAGUCCUUAGAGAGCGCCUCAAUGCUCUACGAGUUGACCCGCCAUACUCUCUAACCCUCGCUCCGAAACGCCCACCUCUACCCCACCAUUCACGCAGGUCAACUAACCAAAUUCCCCGUGUUACCUCCCUUGCGCCACAGCCUUCGGUCGUAAUUGUUCAUUUCACGAGUCUCGCCAGCUUCAAGAUCGUUAAAGACGUAUUGCAAUCAGACCUUUCUUCUUACAUCAACUCUACUCUCCCAAUGCCCGAGGUCAUGAUUAUUCCAAAACCUGCCGGCCCGCGACGCGUGCUGACCCAGCUUCAUAUGGCUGUUACCCGAGCGCCUGUAGACCCAUCUUUCUCCCCUAUUGCAACCUCGCCCGGAACGCCGUCGUCUUCUUCAUUUUAUGGUUAUUCUAACUUUGGUAUCGGACGUUCAUCGGCUGGCAGCAAUCGCCCUUCCAGUGCCAGAAGCAACUCUGAUCGCUCGAAUCGUUCGGGGACCAAAGAUUUUCUCGAUAGACCCGCUGCUCCACCGUCACCUCUGAGCAUGGCAAAUGGUACAGAGUAUUUCUCUGAUGAUGCGGUUCAGCUUGGAUCAACGCCGUCCUCUGGCCUGCUAAUAUCAAGUCCCCCUGGUCAACCCGCUGGAAUUUUCUUUAGUCCUCGUGCCAGCAGGACAACAGGCAAAAAGCCCGUGAUACCACCAAUGGAGAGAGAUACAGGGCAACUUCUUCCACCAGGAAGUCGGCGGGCGUCAAUCUCAAGGACUGGUUCUGACAACCCAACAUUCUCGACGCUUCAUGAAAUUUCCGGGCGACCACCUUCGCGUACCGUUGCGACACCAUUAUCCAGUUCCGAACCCUCCUCUUUACCUACCCUCGCAAGUAUCAAGACAGAUGCACUUCCCACUACCGAAGCUCCUCCCAUCCCGCAGUCACCCAGUCCAGGGUCCUCUUCGCCGCAAGUAAAUAGUCCAUUAAGAAGACCUUUCCGGAGACGAACAGCAACGCCGGACCCAAAAACGCUGGAGAAGCCAGCGGCGACACCCGAUAUCGACAUCGUCCCUCCGAUCAGCGUGUUGAUUGUGGAAGACAAUGUCGUCAACCAAAUGCAACUCCGUGGGUUCAUGCGGAAGAAGAAAAUCAAGUGUCAGGUCGCAAAUAACGGAGUUGAGGCGAUCGAAAAGUGGAAAACGGGCAACUUUGAUCUCAUCCUGAUGGACAUACAAAUGCCUGUUAUGGAUGGCAUCGAGGCUACGAAGGAGAUCAGAAGGCUCGAGAAGGCAAAAGCUACCGAGGGUUAUAUUUCAAGUGGGGACGGCCUCGAUGCCGGUGCCACGAGCAGCUCUUCGCCAUACCGCUCAUCUGUCAUCAUCGUCGCACAAACUGCGUCUUCGCUCAACACCGAUAGGGUGAAAGCCCUCGCCGCUGGGUGUAACGAUUUCCUUACGAAACCAGUCAACCACCAUUGGCUCAACAACAAAGUCACUGAAUGGGGGUCGAUUAAGGCGCUUCAGAUGUGGGCCGAUGCUCCUCCGCCUAAUCGUCAAGUGGCGGAACGACUACACGUACCAGACGCCAGCGGGAAACAGCCUUCUACACCCGCGACCUUUUGGGGUGGAGAAAGUAAACCGGCGGUUGCCGAAGAGCCGACUUCAGCGGGAGCACCGGCAGACUCCGAGUCCCACGAAACCACGCCCGAUGGGAUAAGGCCGUGA